CCCAAUCGACGACGAAAUCAUUCCAUCCAGCCGUCGAAGCUGUUUUCUCGGGGGGUUUGAAACAGUGUUUUUGUGUAAAUCUCUAGUGCCAACAAGUACACAAAACGAAGAUAAGCCGAACGUCGAGCUGACUGCGAAGCUGCUCUAAAGGAUCUGCCGAGCCCGCAUUAUCUGUGAUAUACAGCUCAGCCUCUCGUCCGUCCUAUAAGGGCUGGGCCACUCGGGGCUAGAGGCGAGUCCGCAGCAGCUUCAAGCGGUGAUCUCACCUGCCCUCUGCCACAGAGGCACUAAACACUGCUACCUGCUUUAUUGACUGCAUCACUACGAACCAUUGUUACUUAGUCUAUAAUUGAAACAAUAUGCAAUCUGUGAAAAUAAGUAUAAUUCUAGGUGGAUAUUGUAGAAAAUUAUUCUAUUAAGGGUAUUUAUGAUAAUUGUCUGAUGUCUAAUGUUUCUGUAAUAUUAUGUGUUCCACAUCUAAUUAAGGAUAAUUGUUACUCCAAUAUUUAUACUGUUACCGAACCAAUGCAAUGUAAAAUCUCCACCUCAAUGCUGGUGGCGAACACAAAUAAAUUUGGUGCUUUGAAGCGAGUCGAAGAAAAGAAUGAGAGUCAGCGAGUUAGUGUAAAAAUGGUAGAUAAUAAUAUUUAUAAUGUAGAGUUUGUUGAUAGUAUCCAACAAAACCAAAUGAUUGGCGAUACGCCUAACUACUGCAUUCCUUUAACGAUUAACGCCAUAACAGUCCAGGGUAUCUCAUACAGUGACCCGUAUUUCAGUAGCUUUAACUUAAAGUAUAAGAUGGCGUUUGGAGCGCCCAAGUAUAUGAACAAGUCUGAUUACGCUUUUAAAUCUUCAGUUUAUAUUAUACGAGAUGAGCCUUGCAUGGAUAACACGCAACUACUAAACGAAAAGUCUGCUCAUAUGAUAUGCAAAACGAAAACUCGAAUGAUAAAUAAUGACGAGAAGUCGAUAAGAAUAAACCAUGACAAUAAUGUAAUGGAGGUCAAUGUAACAUCAAACUCUCAGUCCGCCUUGAAGACUUUUGCUAACGGUGAUCUCACAUUGGACGCGAUGUUGGAGUUGAUGAGGAACGAGGAUGUUACCAAAGUCAAGAUGGGCGAGACAGACAGCUGGGGCGUACCGCGGAGGAUGCGCCUCUGCGGCGGCGGCGAGAGCUCGCUCAACGCCGCCUCCGGCUGGGGCAGCCCGCCCGCUUCCAACAAUAACGCAGGCAACUGGGGUGCUAACUCCAGCAGCAGCCAAGCCAACAAUCCUUCAAGCAACCAGCAAUGGAACGCCGCGCAGCGCCCGCCCACCUCACAGGCCGACAUGAAUAGCAACAAGGGCAACGCCCAGAUGCCACCGACCAGCGCUGCCUCCCAGAGUUGGCAGAGCAGUCCCCACAUGCCAAAUGCACAGCCAAACAAUAAUGGUGCGCCUCCGAGCAAUGGCACGAACCCCAACAACGGUAAUAAUGGCGGCAACUCCCCUAACUCGGCCGCUCCCAACAUGCCGCCCGCCGCCAACGGCAACGGGACAUCGAAUACCACGUCUUCCGCUAAGAUAGAACAACUCAACUCCAUGAGGGAGGCGCUGUUCAGCCAGGAUGGCUGGGGCGGUCAACACGUAAAUCAAGAUACGAAUUGGGACGUGCCAGGAUCACCAGAGCCAGGAUCGAAGGUGGAACCCACCGCCGGUGGCCCUCCAGCUUGGAAACCGAACGUGAACAACGGCGCCUUCCUCGGCACAGACCUCUGGGAGGCCAACCUGAGGAACGGCGGCCAACCGCCGCCGCAGCCCGCCGCCAAGACGCCGUGGGGCCACACCCCCACCACCAACAUCGGGGGCACCUGGGGCGAGGACGACGACGCCGCCGAGUCCGCCAACGUGUGGACCGGGCCGCCGCCGCCGCAGCAGCAGUGGCCCGCCGGCCCGCCGCAGCACGCGCAGCAGUGGGCCGUGCCCAAGAAGGACGACUGGAACGCCUGGGGCGAGCCGCACCGUCCGGCCGACCCGCGGCUCGAGCAUCGCGCGCCCGACCCGCGCCAGCCGCCCGCCGACCCGCGCCAGCACGACCUGCGCGGCGGCAUCUCCGGCCGCCUCAACGGCGAGAUGUGGAGCCAGCACCACCAGCACGGGCCCGCCAACAAGGUCAUGCCCUCCGCCGUCAACCAGUGGGGCGCGCAGGGGCCCAAGGAGUCGAUGAAGGGGUCCGGCUGGGAGGAGCCGUCGCCGCCGGCCGCGCGGCGCGCGCCCGCCGGGUUCGACGACGGCACGUCGCUGUGGGCGCAGCGCGGCGGCAUGGGCAUGGCCGGCCGCGGCGCGCCGCAGGGCCCGCAGCCGCCGCAGCGCGUGCCGCCCGCGCCCGCCAAGCCCGACGGCGUGUGGGGCGCGCACGCGCAGCGCAACGGCAGCUGGGAGGACCCGCACACGCCCGCCUGGCCCGACCGCGACGUGCCCGCGUGGCCCGACGCCUCCAACCCGGGCCUGUGGCCCGUGCCCAAGCCCAAGCAGAACCCGCCCGGCGGCUGGCCCGAGGACAUCGGCGAGUGGCCCGGCCCCAAGCCCCCGCAGAGCGGCGGCCCGCUCGGCCGACAGAUCCCGAAGGAGACGCUGUGGAACAGCAAGCAGUUCCGGUUCCUCGUCGAGAUGGGCUACAAGAAGGAGGACGCGGAGGCGGCGCUGCGCCGCAGCGACAUGAACGCCGAGGAGGCGCUGGAGAUGCUGGCGGCGCCCAGGGACGGCUGGCGGCGCGACGAGCACUUCGGCGGCCACCACGGCGGGCCCUUCCAGCCGCCGCCCGCCGUGCCGCCCGUCACGCCGGCGCUCGUCACCAAGAUGCUGCAGCCGCCGCCCCAGGCUCUGCACCACCACCAGUCCUACAAUCCUAAUAGUGGUACCGGCAACAGCGGGCAGCCGAGCACGGCGCAGCUGCGCAUGCUGGUGCAGCAGAUCCAGAUGGCGGUGUCGGCCGGCUACCUCAACCACCAGAUCCUCAACCAGCCGCUCGCGCCGCAAACCCUCGUGCUGCUCAACCAGCUGCUUCAGCAAAUCAAAGUAUUGCAGCAACUGGUGCAACAGCACACGCUCGCCAUAUCGAAGGCUAACUCGUCUCUCGCACUGCAGUACUCUGUGCAAAUCACCAAGGCCAAACAGCAGAUCACUGCUUUGCAAAACCAGAUCGCGACGCAGCAGGCGUUGUACAUGAAGCAGCAGGCGGGCGGCGACCUGUUCAAGCAGGGCCCGGACCCCAUGUCUCAGCUGCAGAACAACUUCGGCAACAUGGACAUUGCCAAGGACUCGCAGGCCGCGUACGGCGCGGGCCAGCAGUCGCGCCUGAACCAGUGGAAGCUGCCGUCGCUGGACAAGGACGGCGAGGGCACGGACUUCCCGCGCGCGCCCGGCGCCGCCAAGUCCACCACCAGCCCGCAGCUCAACCAGCUCGGCCUGCAGCCCGACCCAACAUGGACGGUGGGCCGCGGCGAAGGCUGGGGCGAGGCGGACGUGGCGGACGGCAAGGACGCGUGGCCGCAGCACCCGCAGCACCAGGCCUUCGACAUGGUGCCCGAGUUCGAGCCCGGCAAGCCCUGGAAGGGCAAUCAGAUGAAAACCGCGGAGGACGACCCGUCGAUGACGCCCGGGUCCGUGGUGCGGUCGCCGCUGUCCCUGGCGGCCAUCAAGGAGUCGGACAUGCUGGGCGGCAAGACGUCGCCGCCGGGCGGCGAGCGCUCGCUGUCGUCGUCCACGUGGAGCUACGCGCCGCCCGCCGCCGGCAAGGACGCGUGGGCCAAGCCGCGCGCGCCGCCGCCCGGCCUCAAGGCCUGGCCGCAGCACGCCGCGCACCCGCAGCCGCCGCCGUCCACCCGCAACAACCUGCCCUCCUGGCAGGCCUCCACCUGGCUGCUGCUCAAGAAUCUUACCGCGCAGAUCGACGGCUCGACGCUGAAGACCCUGUGCGUGCAGCAUGGGCCGCUGCAGAACUUCCACCUGUACUUGAACCAGGGACUCGCGCUCGCGCGCUACUCGUCUCGCGAAGAGGCAGCUAAAGCUCAGAUGGCGCUGAACAAUUGCGUGCUGAGCAACACGACGAUCUUCGCGGAGUCGCCGGCCGAGUCGGAGGUGCAGAUGAUCCUGCAGCACCUGGGCUCGGGCGGCGGCGGCGCGUGGCGCGGCGGCGGCGGCGGCGGCAAGGACUGGGCCGGCUUCCCGGGGCUGUGGCCCGACCAGCACGAGCAGCGCGCCACGCCCUCCUCGCUCAACUCCUUCCUGCCGCCCGACCUGCUGGGCGGCGAGUCCAUCUAGGCCCCCGUCUAGUUGUUGUAAUUACGCUUCGAGUCCCGCUCCGCCUGCGGAGAGGACGAUCGCCUAGUCAGAGCGCGGGCCGCGUCGCGCCGCGUCUCGGUCGCGCCGCGACGCGCCCGCCCCAGCCAACUGUCCACAAUACUAUUAUCUACUGUGUUGUAAGUGUUCAUGUAGAUUAUUUAGUGUACAUAAGAAUUAUACAUAUACAACGGCAGACAUAUAAUGUAUCGACGGUUAUACCUGUAUGAAGUAUAUAUAGGAUAGGGUCGCGGGGGCUCGGUCCCCUUACCAAAUAGAGCUAGGCAUGGAGUAGAGUAGUUGCGUCGCGGGCUACCUCAGUCACUCGUCCCGUGGCCUUAUUUUAGUGUAUUUAUUUUGUUGCGCUCGAGGGCUGUUGCUGUUUCGCCCGUCGAGAUGUUUCGUUCCGAGUUUCUUUCGUGUUUUUACUUCUCGUUUUACAUACUGAUCGUAUUUUAAUUAUUUAUUCGGUUUCGAAUUCUCACUCGCGAUGAGCCUUUGUUUUCCAUUAGUGAUAUUUUUAUUCAGCAAUAAAUGAGUAAGUGCAUUUCGCAGACUAACAAACGUUUUAUAAUUAGUUGGUAAUUUUUAUAAAGAUAACAAAAUUUGAAAAUAAUGAGAUUCGAAGUGCAUUCUUGUAGUGGUAAAUUCCUUU